AAACCCUUGCCUGAGCUUUAUAAAUUUUCUAGAGGAAUGAGUGGUAGAGGAUAUAGACUUCUGGCAGUGCGGUCUAUAGGUCCCUUGGUUUGGCGGAGCUAGACGAGGAGGCCGCAGCGUCGUCCGAAAAGCUCUGCUUCUGGUCUGCAAGUGGAAAGUUAAUGCACACUUCGCCUUUAACUGAAGUGGGCGGGGCGGAGCGGCGCGUCCCGCGUUGCUAUUGGCGGCGGUUAGGGGCGCGGAAACCGAACCCGAGCAACUGCCGCCGCAGCUACCAUGGCCGCGCCCUGCCCGGAGGACCCCUCACUGGAGAGGCAUUUUAAGGGCCACCGAGAUGCUGUCACCUGUGUGGACUUCAGUCUCAAUGCGAAGCAACUUGCGAGUGGCUCCAUGGAUUCCUGCCUCAUGGUCUGGCACAUGAAGCCCCAGGCGCGUGCAUACCGCUUCACAGGCCACAAGGAUGCUGUCACCUGUGUGAACUUCUCCCCCUCUGGACAUUUGCUUGCCUCGGGCUCCCGUGACAAGACGGUUCGAAUCUGGGUGCCCAACGUCAAAGGUGAGUCGACCGUGUUUCGUGCACACACGGCCACAGUGAGGAGUGUCCACUUCUCCAGUGAUGGCCAGUCCCUCGUGACAGCCUCUGAUGACAAGACAAUCAAGGUGUGGUCGACACAUCGCCAGAGAUUCCUGUUUUCAUUGAGCCAGCACAUCAACUGGGUCCGCUGUGCCAGGUUCUCCCCUGAUGGGCGGCUUAUCGUGUCUGCCAGUGAUGACAAGACCGUCAAGCUGUGGGAUAAGACCAGCCGGGAGUGCGUCCACUCGUACUGUGAGCAUGGCGGCUUUGUUACCUAUGUGGACUUCCACCCCAGUGGUACCUGUGUCGCCGCCGCCGGCAUGGACAACACGGUGAAGGUGUGGGACGUGCGGACGCACCGGCUGCUGCAGCAUUAUCAGUUGCACAGUGCAGCAGUGAACGCCCUCUCUUUCCACCCCUCUGGGAACUACCUGAUUACGGCAUCCAGCGACUCAACGCUGAAGAUCCUGGACCUGAUGGAGGGCCGGCUGCUUUACACACUCCAUGGGCAUCAGGGACCUGCCAUGGCUGUUGCCUUUUCAAGAACUGGGGAGUAUUUUGCUUCUGGAGGCUCUGAUGAACAGGUGAUGGUUUGGAAGAGUAACUUUGAUGUUGAUUAUGGAGAAGUAAUAAAAAUGCCAAGGCCCCCAGCCACACUGGGCAUGUCUACAGCGAUUCUGCCAGAAGUGGACCUCCCCAUCCCCUCAAGCAGAGGCAGGAGUCUGGAGUCGGUACCGAACCAGCCUCAGGAGCCCAUCAGCAUGCCCCAGACGCUGACCAGCACGCUGGAGCACAUUGUGGGCCAGCUGGACGUCCUCACUCAGACAGUGUCCAUCCUGGAACAGCGGUUGACGCUGACAGAAGACAAGCUGAAGCAGUGUCUGGAGAACCAGCAGCUAAUCAUGCAGAGAGCAACACCAUGAUCAGGGGAACAAAAAUCAGGAGCUCGGUUGAUUUGGGGGGUGGGCGGCAGGCCAGGGAUUUGUACUAAGGGACUUGGGGAAAUAAAGGAAUUCAGCUCUGUGGGAACCACAUCUGUGCCGAGCCCUGGGGAUCAAGCGCUUGUGCCCUCUCCCUUGCUGUUCACCCCAGGAGCCUCUCCACUUGCAACAGCAGCCUCCAGGCCCAGGUCCACACAGAAAGGGUGCUUGAGACCCACCCGGCUGGACUACAUACAUUUAGUUUGUUGUAAAAGAGCUGCAUGAAGUGUUUGCUGCCUUGAAGACCUAAGACCGCAGGCCUCUGUGGACAACCUAGCUUUCACUCACCUUUGGCUUUUCUCCUGGUGUGGCUUGGAAUUUGACUGCUCUUUAGUUGGAUAGACCAGGAGUUUUCUGUACAUUUGACAAAGGCUCAUCUGAGUCAGGUUUGUCCAGGAAUAAACAAGCUCUGUAGAGUA